ACCCGAAUUUGCCAAUAGGGGUUUACAUGUUCUAAUUUGUUUACAUGAUCAGUUUAACAAUAACAUUAAUCGUCGGUGUACUCUAUACUAGUUAACGUCGUGGAGUGUCCAGUUUUAAAAUACGUGGGAUAGUAUAUAUCGUUAUAUCAUUGUAAAUAAAGAUAUACAGUGAAAUGGAGGUACUUUCUCGUCAGACAUUGAUAUAUUUGUGUAUGGUAUCAUCUCUAUUUUAUUCUGCAUAUUGUCAAACGUGUGGUCAAACUCCGUGUAAAGAUGGGUACUGUUGCAGUGAAAAGACAGGGCAGCCUAAAAAUUGUUGUUGUACAAGUACAGCCACAGGUUUCAGUACAUCAUGUAUCUCCUCCACGUCAACAAGCUUCCCUUGGUGGGGCGCUGUAUUAAUUGUUGUUGCCCUGAUAGGAGGAAUCAUCGCAACCAUUGUGUUUUUAAUCAUAAGGAGAAGAAGGAGGGCAGUAUUCGGGAACAUAUAAGCGUUUAUGAACAAAACUUCCCUGUUUCAAAUAGAUCGAGUUGCUGAACCAUUUAUAUGUGCUUUUAACUUACGGUAAUUAUCAAAGUAUAAAAUGAUCUUUUUGGAAGCUGUGUUGUUUGGUUAGUAAUAAUAUGCGGUAAGAAGGCGAAAAAAUCUAUAAAACUCUACCUGCGUGUAUAUACUUAACGUACAGCAAUACAAAUAUCAUCAGUUUAAUCCAAUUGUUCAAACAUCGUUAUCAAUGUUAUUUUAAUCAGCCUCUAUUUGCCCCCCAUCCUAACAUGAUACUGGAUAUUAAAUUAUAGGCAAUACGAUCUGACCUAAUGCGAGUAACCUAUUACUGUUAGUGUUCAUCUAAAAUGUAUAUACAUUGUAUUGUUUUGAAUUUUUCUUCAAUGAACAUUAACUUCUUUAUACAUAAGAUAUGCGUUCAUUGUUUUAUCAAAGAUUUUGGCACAGUAACAUACUGUGGAACCAGAACCCUGAAAAUCUACUUAAUAUAUUAUAAGAUCAAUAUUGUUCCUGUUGAAAGUUUUCGUACUCCUAUAUACUUUUAUAUAUAAUUUUAUCGGAAUAGUUACAAUAUCACGUUGAUUUUUAUAGCAAUUUUAGAUAACUGUUAUAUACUGCCACUGUAAACUUAACCCUUUAUCUUAUUUCAUCUCAACAUUUGUUUUCCGUUAAAAAGUUUCAUUAUCAUAUACAAUAUAUAUAUUUUUGUAACUUUAUAUCUAUGAAUAAAUGCAAGUUAUGUGACUCAUGUGUCUUACUUUAUUACUCAUACAAGUAGCGUAAAAUAAACACAUCUCUGGCUAUAAUGCACAUGAAAUGCUAAACAAACAGCUGAUUUUUGAAGUCAAUGAAUGUACAAUGUAUAUGCUUAGCUCAAACGUUGCGGCACUCUCGGAUCUGUUCUUAUAUAGUAGACAUAUAGAAUUA